UAAGUAAGGAUCCUUUCCGUCUUCCCCGGCCGUCCUUCUGGCAUAGUAAGUAAGUAUUACCGAACCUUCUUUUCAACACGGAGCCACACGGACAUCAGCCAAUCAUUAAGCAUCAUGCGCGGGUACCGUCAUCAUGCAGGCUAUUUUUACGGGCCAUCUGAUAUCCGCCCUCGCAGGCUCUGCAGCCUCCAUUCACUGCUGGUCGGAGAAUAUGACAUCGGCCAUCUCAGCUCUCUUGCCGCCUGUGGCUAUCGUUCGCGCGGUCGUGGUUGCGGGAAUGCUGUAGGACUAUCGCCUCUCACUGGGACACCCGCAUGCCUAAAUUGCAUUAAUGGAGAAAUUUCAGCCCUUAGGGCUGGGCUUCUGGAUGAAGAAUUAGAUCAAGGCUGCGAUGAGCCAGAAUGCGAGUACUAUGAUAGCAGCUGGAGAUAUGGCAGGAGUGAUAACCUUGGUGGAGGAACGGGCUAUCUUCCGCGCGGUAGAGGCUUAGGUGGUAUAUUCGGCAACAGUAGGUUUGGUGGAAAUAAUCGCAAUGUAUUUUCGGGAUUCAAUGGGAUCAGGGGAUUUGGUUCAAGGACCAGGGGAAUGGGAACAGGAACGGGAAUGGGAAUGGGAAUGGGAGCUGGAGGUAGUGGAUUUAGGGGAAGGUUUUCAUCUCCAUUCGGGUUCUAAUGCUUCGGGGUUUGCCAAUUCUCAACUUGAGACUGACACCAGUUACACACUCGCUGAUUUCAGUACGUUCCCAGACUGUCAGGGUUGCCAGGUUCAUGGAGGGUAUUAUCUGGCCUAGGUCUCUGUUGUAGACCUAUGUUGAGAUUCGAGAGAUGGAGGAUGAGCACAUCACGUUUCGCUUCUCGUCGGGCGAGGGAGUCGGGGAGAAAAUCUGAUCUUCUGUUCUGGCCGGCACAUCGUACAUUACAUAUCAGUCGCUGUCUCCUUAUUCUUUCCAU